UUGAGAUUUAAUAAAAACAAACUUCCUGAUUCAUCCAAGCAUCGUUCAGACCAAAUAAAAACUUGAUCACCUCUCAAGUAUGUUUUUGAAUGGAAUUGAAUUACUCCGUUGACAAAAGUUUGAGAUCGUCUAUACAGUUUGCGUCGUAUUAAAGAAAAUAAACUUCCGGAUUCAUUCUUGCAUCUUCCAAACAAAAAAGGAAUUGAGUAAUCUAAGACCUUAACGAUUUUUGUUAAGCAAAGGGACAAUACACUUAUACUUGACAAAAAGCUCAAAACACAAUGGAAAGUGAGGAACAAGGAAGAAAAAGAAACAAAGGACUAUCGAAUGGAAAGAUGAAUUACUGGGAUAUAUUCCGAAAGGAUGUUUCCGAAAACGAAAAAGAAAAGACGUCCAGAGCAACCGAUACUUUACUAAGGGUUGUAAAAGUAGCGGCAUACAUAGUGUUCUUCGUACUUGUAUUUGGAGGAUCUAUCGUCACCAAAGCUUCACUUCAAAUCCUCACAAAUGAAUUCAACAAAGAAAAGAAAUCAAGAUUUUCAUUAAAUUUGGCAAAAGAUGCUAUCGCCUAUUAUCUCCUGUUUAUUUUGACGAUUCCCGAUGCUGUAAAGCUACUGCUGUCUUUCUUUAGAUUUGUAUUUGGAAAACGUGCUUUACCAACUAUAGCACAGAUAAUUGUUAUGGUUGUCAAAGAAUGCCUACACAUGUUUUGCUUAGCAAUAAUCGUUUUCGUGGUUAUGCCAAAACUUAACUCUAUUGAAGUGUGUGCUUUUUUGGCUGGAAUGCCAUUGGUUCCGUCGAUUCUUCAUACAAUUUCAUACCGAAGGAAAUGUACCAAGAGAUUUUGUAAACAAAUCAUUAAUGUUCUUUCAAUUUUACUGCAAGCAGCAGCAGUAUGUGCAGUCCCGCUUUAUAAAAUUUUCAAAGACCAGAUAACGACGGAAGAAACAUUCUGGAUGAUAUUUUCUUCAGUUCUUGUGAGUGUUCGAUGGUUUGAGACAUAUUUCAAGUAUUCUAGUACAUCAAGGGUGUUUAAAACACUAUUUGCUUAUGAGAAUAGAAUUGAAACACAUUGUGCGUCAACACUAGUGACUAGCUUCUGUCGCCUUGUUCUCAUUGUCAUUCUGUUUCCCACUUAUUUUGCGCAAAAUAUCCAUCGACCAGAAAUUGCUUUCGAAAUAGAACCAGAACUUCACAUUGAAUGUUCAAUAUCUCAGUUGAACAGUACUAGAUGCACGCAUUAUGCGGAUCCUUCUCUCAUGACACCGUUCCUUGUUCAUUUCUUUGUAUGUAUGGGGCUGUAUUAUGCUGCAGUAUUAGCCACUAAAGUUUGCAUGGAUCGGAUUUGUUUCUGUGUGGCACUAGCUUUAGGUGCUCCAGUAUAUGUUGGGAUAAUUUUGAUAUCUCGAGUAAACGACAACUGGAUAUCUAAUACUUUCAUUAAAGAUGUUGAAAAUAUGGACUUAUACGUAAUGGUCGCCAUUUUCGUCAUAGCAUGGUUAUCGCAGUUGUGGAUUUGCCGUCAUAUUUGGUACAGCCCACACAACAGGCUAACAUUUGAAUACAAAUUAUUUGUCUUACCCCAUUACUGCAGUCCGAUAGCGGAUAUAUCUUUAUUACACAGCAGGAGGAUAGUUUCCGGUACAACAGAGUCUAAGAAAUACGAGGAAUCUAUACCCACGAAAGUCUAUAUAUGUGCAACGAUGUGGCAUGAAAAUAGAACCGAAAUGAAGCAGAUUAUGAAAACUUUGUUUAGGUUAGAUAUGGACCAAGCAGCAAGAGAAAUUGCCAAAUAUGAAGUUAAAGUUCCAACUAAUCGUAGUCUGUUCGGUUCAAAACUGGACAAAGAUGCUAUCAACAGAGACUAUUACAGAUUUGAAGCUCAUAUUUUGUUUGAUGACUCUAUGGAGACUAUAGAAGGGAAACGGGAGCCAAAUGAAUUUGUGAAACAACUAAUGGAAAUCAUCACUGAAGCUGGAACUGAUGUAUAUAAAAUUCCGAUAAACAUGUUACCUCCGGACAAAGUUGUUACCCCUUAUGGUGGAAGACUUAACUAUACUCUGCCAGGAGAAAACAAGCUCGUGGUUCAUCUUAAAGACAAAGACAAAAUAAGGCACAAGAAAAGAUGGUCACAGAUAAUGUACAUGUAUUACUUGCUUGGAUAUAAACUGGUGGAAAAAGAAAUAAGCAGUCCUUUAGACGAAGAUUUUGAAAGCGCAUCAUCAUUAUUCAACGCAUUACCGAAAGACAUAGUUCAACAGGCAGAAAAUACAUAUGUCAUGGCUUUGGACGGUGAUGUUGAUUUUUCACCAGAAGCUCUCCAGUUACUGAUUGAUAGAAUGAAGAAAAAUCCGAAAGUCGGAGCAACAUGUGGUCGCAUUAAACCAGGAGGGUCGGGUCCCGUGGUUUGGUACCAGAAAUUUGAAUAUGCUAUCGGGCAUUGGUUGCAAAAGUCAGCAGAACACGUGUUUGGUUGUGUAUUGUGUAGCCCUGGAUGUUUUAGUCUUUUCCGUGCUAAAGCUUUGAUGGACGAUAAUAUCAUGAGGACGUAUGCCAGUAUGCCAACAGAACCAAAACAUUACCUGCAGUAUGAUCAAGGGGAAGACCGUUGGCUUUGUACAUUGAUGCUACAACAAGGUUAUCGAAUAGAGUAUUGUGCAGCUGCGGAAGCAGUGACAUUUGCACCUGAGGAGUUUCGUGAAUUUUUCAAUCAAAGGCGAAGAUGGAUGCCAUCAACAAUGGCAAAUAUUUUGGAUCUUCUGAUAAGCUACAAGCGUACAACAAGAAACAAUACAAACAUUUCCUAUCUUUAUAUUUUCUAUCAAUGGAUUUUGUUUCUGUCGUCUAUUCUUGGACCAUCUCUUGUAUUACUGGCAAUGCGGUCUGCUAUCAGUUCCGUUUUUAAGGAUAGUGUUAGUCCAUGGGUUGCUUACCUAGUGAUUUAUGGUCCUACUUUAGUUUUCAUUUUCAUCUGCCUAAAAUGUAAAACACAGACACAGUUGACAGUUGCAAUGGCUCUGAGUGCAAUUUACGCCAUGUUUAUGAUGGCAGUUUUAGUUGGAACCGUUGUUAACAUAGCAGAGGAGGGAAUCUUUACACCAACUGCUGUUUUCAUGUACGUUCUUAUCGGAAUUUUCCUAAUAGCAGGUCUUUUUCAUCCUCACGAAUUGACAGAUUUAUUCUGGGGACUUUUGUACUUCGUGUGCAUACCAGCCGGAUAUUUGUUUUUAAUUGUAUAUGCAAUAUGUAAUCUAAACAACGUAUCUUGGGGGACCCGGGAAACACAAACGGCGGUUCUCGAGCAGCAGUUCGAAGGCAAGCAACGGCGAAAAAAGAAAACAGAGGAAGAGUUUGGAGUUGUCUCUGAAGAUAUCCUUGAUGAUAUUCUGAAGCAAAUAAAGACAACAAAAGUUAAAGAUGCUUCGUAUACAGAUCUGAUCCCAUCGUAUUUUCAAUGGCAUAAUAAUCUCGUUCUUUUACGAUCUUUAGAAAGCGUGCAGAACAUUGUUAAAAAUACUGAAUCGACAGUACCUGAUGAUGGUUCUGAUUUACGACAAACAAGGAGAAAAAGAGUAAGCCUUGCACAAACAAUCAAAGACAAACCAGAUUCGGAAUCUGUAGAUGAUACAUCCUGGGCUGAAGAUCAUGGUCAAACGAAAGAAUUACAGGAUGACGAGAAUUUAUUCUGGAAGGACCUUAUCCUGAACUAUCUGAAACCAAUAGAUUCGGAUAAAAAGAGAGAAAAAGAAAUAGCUCGAAGUCUUAAAGAGUAUCGAGAUAAAGUAGCUUUUGCAUUUUUCUUUGUCAAUGCAUUGUGGGUUGUUGUUAUGUCCGCAAUGAAUGAGGUAAAAGGUCAGUUGAACAUACACAUUCCCGCAAUUGGUAGUAACACAGUCAUUGAGCCACUUGGACUUCUGUUUUUAUCAAUAUUUGCCAUUCUUCUCUUUAUGCAAUUUAUUGGUAUGGUGCGACAUCGAUAUGGCACGCUCCUCCAUGUUUUGUCAGCAACAACUCUGAGACAAACUCAGGGAAAUCCUGAAUCAAUAAUUAACCGAAUUAAAGAUAUUUCUUCCAUUUCGCCAGCCAGUGAGCCAGAAUUUGUCACCACCAAAUUGAAUCACGUAGGCGAAAGUGGUGCAUCGGAUACGUCAACAGUGGACAUGGAAGAAAUCGAUCAAAUUUACGAGAACAUCUAUGACUUAAGGUCGAAGAAGAGAAAUGAGCUUGGGAAAUCGGUCAAAAGACCUACACCUCAUCAUUCCAAUAUGCCGUUUGAUCUGAAAAAGACAUUCCGUACAAAUGUUAAGACUAUGAAACGGCAACAUAAGGGCAAUAAAAGAUAUAAGCAAAAAACCACUGAAAACAAAGUUUAGAGAUUAUAGGCAUACGUUCUUGUUAAUACAAUUGACUCAGUAUCCUUGGUGACUGUCAGUUCCCGAGAUUGUCGACCGUUAAGAAGACGAGAUUCACUCGCAGGAUUUAAUUGAUAUCGUUUUAAUUUAAAUUGUUCAGUUUAUUAAUUAUGUAGUUGUGUAAACUUUAGUAAAAGCAAGGGCAAUCGUUCACGGUUUAAAUUCGUGUUGGUUUUUGGUAUAAUUUAGCUAACCCAAGGUAUGGUUCUAACUUCCUUAAGUAAGGUAAACCUUAGAUGGAUUUUGAUUUUCUUUUAAGAUCCCUUUUGGUCAGAAGCUCUUCGCGUAAGUAGUUAUACAUCUUUGUCGUUCCUGAUAAAGCUCUUCGGGCGCACAAAAUGUACGUGUUUUUUUAAGUUUUUUUAAUUGAAAAUGUAUAAGAUAACAAUUUAAAAAUGCAGCCACUGUAUACAUAUAAUGGGUCAUUUGUUUUGCUUCAAACAUUUUAUUCAGAAACUGACUACUUAAACCCUUAAUUUUCAAAUUGAAUCAAUGAGUUAUUUCUAUUUAUUUAUAUGUAAAAUAAACAUUCUUUUAUAAGGAUUGCAAAAUUAAUGACAUAAUACUUUAUUAUGUCACCGCAAAGAACAUGCUCAUUUGGAUGACUGUAGCAUUGACGUUUUUUUUUAGUUGACGUCAUCAUUAGGUCUGUCAGAUGAAAGCUGAAUGUUCUGUUAAGUUAGAACUUAUCAAAUAAGCAAAUCAAAGCACAUUAUAAACAGAUUUAUAAUAAGAUUUCUUACGAUUUAUUUACUUAACCAAGCCAAAAAUAUUAUAAUGUGUACUUAUAUAUUGUUCUUUUUUUCUCUAAGGUAUCUCUCUUUUAUAUGUUUACAUUUCCUACAUGCUUAUAAGUUUAUAAUUCAUUUAAAAUAGUUGUUUAUCAAUAAUAAAAAUAAAACUUCAUAAUUGUUAUACUCUGAUUGAGUAUAUCAACAGUAACCAAAACGUUGGUUAAUUAAAGUUUAAUUUACCAUAUUUGAUGCGUUCGGUGCCUAUUUCUAGGUUUACCUUUACGAUUAACUCAAAGCCAAAAAUAGAGAGCUCAGUAACCAGAAGGUGUCUAGUAAAAAUAUAUCCAGAGGUCAACUUUGUCAGAUGCAGUCUUUGUUGUCUUUUGGAACACAAUAUUAUAAAUACCAAGUAUAACGGGAUAAGUAUGUAGAUUUGAUUGGGUUCAAACUCGAAUCGUGUCCCCUACUGAUUGUCACGGACAUAACCCUAUGUUGUAAAAUGAAAAUGUGAAACAAUUUGAAUAAAAAAAAGGAAGAUACCAAGGGAACACAAUAAAUUUCCAAAAGAAAAAAAACGACGAAAAGACGAACAACAGUCCACUUAUCACCACAACGAAGAUGUAUGCUUGAUGAACAUGAACCCCAUAAAAAAGAAGAUUCAGAAGGUCUUGCUCAAGUAAUGACACCCUCUUUGGUGUAAUCUAUCUUUAAACAAUAGCGCCUUAGCGGAUUGAUAAAUGUCUCUUAUAAUGUGCAAUUCUUCUGUUUUAGUUGUACGAAGAAAAUAACCAUGUUUUUGCGGUUUAUUUUUGUUGUGUAGAUUUACCAUCAUCAGUGUUGAUUUGUUUUACAAUCUAUUAAUAUGUUUAUUCAUCUAAAACAAUGUUCACAAUCUUAAAAAUGCAUAUACUAUAGUAGUAUUAGAUAACAGUUACUGCAUGUAAUAAAAUAAUAUAAUUAGCAGGUAAUAAGCUUUGUCACUCUUUCUCCGAAGUAUCACAAUUUUAAUUUAUGUUACUUACAGUUUGGAAAAUAUCUAUACCUAUAAACUCAUAUAACUGAAUUAAUGUGAUUAUUUCUUUUUCUAUUAAACGAUAAAAAGUUU